UGAAUCUAAAUCAAAUCUUGAAGUGAAAUUGAAUCGAAUGUGAUACAAAAAUCUAAUUACAACAAUGCAGGACUCCAAGGAUAAUUGUAGCUGAGGUCCAAUUUUACAAUUUAUAAAUUAAAUUAAAUUAAAAAUAAGGGCAGGAUUUCAACUUAAUUACAAAAGUACCACUCCAUUGGCAAGCUCGCGGCUUUUCCGUCUACUGUUCUCCUCCCCGAGAACCUACCUACGAAGGAGUCCUCUUUUUCAACGAAUUACAGAGCACAGACUCGGUGACCGCGACUCAGUUUCUUCCCGCCGAGUUGCGCCUAUACUCGACUCGCUCGUUUUCUUCCUCCCACGAAUCUCUCGAUCAGGUCAGUUCUUUCUCUUCGUCGUCCUUCGAGUUCUCUGUAAUUCCGGAUCUAGGCUCCACCCCGGAUCGGUUCCCUCUCGGAUCCAACCCGAUCCCGAACCAUGUGCGAUCGAAGACCCGUUUUCCUCGGGUGCUUCAUAUUCGGAUUCCUCAUUUUCUUCGUACACGCGGAUCAGGGAUGCUCCAACACGAGCUCCUUGGUCGGGUUCGAGUCCGAAUUCAUCAUGUUACAGCACCAACUGCGAGGCGUUUUCACCAUCGUCGAUGAUUGCUCGUUUAGGGUUUCUCGUUUCGAUAUGUUGUCUGGUUCGGAUAUUUAUUGGUGGGGAGCUUUGGCUUCUGAUUUUGAGAAUAUGACCAAUGGGUUUGUAAUUUCUGACCAGAAACUCAAUCAAACGUUCAGAAAUGCUUCUUUCGCCGUUCAUUUACGGGAAAAUGUCACCUGGGACAAGAUAAGGGUGAUCUCGGUAUGGGAUUUGCCUACAGCCUCGGAUUUUGGGCAUGUUCUGCUUUCAAAUGUCACAGAAUCAGAUUCGAGUCAAAACCCCGGAUCCCCUCCCUCUGGAGACGAUGAUGUUUUGGAGGGAUCAAAUAGCACUGCGACCACUAGGGUUCCUACCAUGUUUGGUAAUUGCAAACAACUUUCGAGCAAGUACAGGCUCCGGUGGAGCUUGAAUGCAGAAGAGGGUUAUGUUGAUAUUGGUUUAGAAGCAAUUUCUGGCUUCCUGAGCUACAUGGGAUUUGGUUGGGCAAAACCCAAUUCUACAUCAGAGCUGAUGUUGGGUGCUGACAUUGUGAUUACCGGGUUUAGAGAGGAUGGGUUUCCAUUUGCUGAUGAUUUUUACAUCACGAAGUACAGCGAGUGCUCGGUUAAGAAUGGUACUGCCUCUGGGGUUUGCCCCGAUGCAGUGUAUGAAGGAUCAGAUUCAGUUGCUCCCUCAGUGAAUAACACGAAGCUGGUUUACGGGCACAGGAGAGAUGGAGUUUCAUUUGUUAGGUAUAGGAGACCAUUGAACGGCAGUGAUAGCAAGUACGAUUUGCCUGUGAAUCCAACUGAGAGCAUGAUUGUGAUUUGGGCGCUUGGGUUAAUAAAGCCACCGGAUAGUAUCAAUCCUUACUAUCUCCCUCAGAAUCAUGGCGGUGUGGAAUCAGAAACCUACGGGCAUUUUUUGCUCAAUCUUUCGGAGCAUGUGGAUGAGUGUUUGGGACCGUUGGAUGCAGACAAUAAGGACGUUCAGGAUCUAAUCAUUGCUGACGCCAAUGCACCUCUUGUUGUCACAGCCGGACCGGCUGUGCGUUAUCCAAACCCUCCAAACCCUUCGACAGUACUGUAUAUUAACAAGAAAGAAGCACCGCUGUUGAGAGUGGAAAGAGGAGUUCCUGUGAAAUUCUCUGUACAAGCAGGGCAUGGUGUUUCUUUUUACAUAACAUCAGAUUUUCUCGGUGGGAAUGCUACUCUAAGGAACAAAUCUGAAACAAUCUAUGCUGGUGGGCAAGAAGCUCAUGGAGUGCUAGCAAGUCCAUUGGAGCUGGUUUGGGCUCCAAACAGGAAUACACCUGACCAAGUAUAUUACCACUCUGUUUUCAAGCAGAAAAUGGGUUGGAAGGUUCAGGUUGUCGAUGGGGGUCUCUCGGAUAUGUAUAAUAACAGUGUUAUCUUAGAUGAUCAGCAAGUUAAGUUCUUUUGGACCAUAUCGGGGGAUUCAAUAUCAAUUGCAGCUCAAGGUGAGAAGAAAAGUGGGUAUCUUGCAAUUGGUUUUGGUUCUGGAAUGGUGAAUAGCUACGCUUAUGUGGGCUGGUUUGAUAGCAACGGAACAGGGCGUGUCAGUACUUACUGGAUUGAUGGACAGGAUGCGUCUAGCGUGCACCCAACAAACGAGAACUUGAAAUACGUGAGAUGCAAAUCUGAAGACGGAAUUAUCACUUUGGAGUUUACCCGCCCCCUGAAGCCUUCAUGCCUUCAUAGAGGCAGACCUGAGUGUAAGAAUCUGAUAGAUCCCACAACUCCUCUUAAAGUGAUAUGGGCAAUGGGUGCAAAAUGGACAGAUGAACAGCUGACCGAGAGGAAUAUGCACUCGGUUACUAGUCAGAGGCCCGUCCUUGUAAUGUUAAUGCGAGGGUCUGCAGAAGCAGAGCAAGAUCUACUACCUGUCUUGGGCGUGCAUGGAUUCAUGAUGUUUCUUGCUUGGGGAAUCUUACUCCCCGGCGGGAUAUUAGCCGCUAGAUAUCUAAAACACAUAAAAGGUGAUUGGUGGUUCAAGACUCAUGUAUAUCUUCAGUACUCUGGUUUAGCCAUUGUCUUCCUCGGCCUCCUCUUUGCCGUGGCUGAGCUUCACGGUCUCACCUUCAGCUCAAUGCAUGUCAAGUUCGGGUUUGCAGCCAUAUUUCUGGCCUGCGCUCAGCCCGUGAAUGCUUUCCUGAGACCUUCAAAACCCGCUCAAGUGGAAGGAUUCUCUUCCAAGAGACUACUGUGGGAGUAUUCUCAUGCUAUCGUGGGUCAAUCCGCCGUUGUAUUGGGAGUCAUCGCCCUUUUCACGGGGAUGAAACACUUGGGAGAACGUUACGAGGCAGAAAACGUGCACGGGCUGAACUGGGCACUCGGGUUAUGGAUCUUCCUGGGGGGAGUAGCUGUUGUGUACUUAGAAUACCGGGAAAGAGGCAGAAGGAGAGCAAGAAAUAUCGGCAGAGGCAGCUGGGUUCUUGGGAAUAACCUGGAAGAGGAUGAUUCGGCUGAUCUAAUUGAUCCGAGAAGAGCUUUUAGAGAGAGAGAGGAAGAAGAUGGAAGGGGGGCAACAAUGGAAGUUCAGUUAGAGCCUUUGAACAGGUGAUAGAUAUGAUAGUUUUCUGGUACAAACUCUUGUCCUUUUUCUUCUUCUUGAAGCUCAUUUUUGCUGGUCGCAGAGCAGAAAUUACCAAAUUUUUUUUCCUUCUAAUAUCACCAAACGAGGAAACGUAGAGAGAAAGGGGGAGAGGUGUUGUUAUACGCAACAGAACAUAGUCCAUACUGUAUCUAUUAGGCUUCAACCAUAUGCAUCUCUCUCUCUCUCUCUCUCUCUCUCUCUCUCUUGUAUGCAUCCAUACUUCCAUCUUUGGGCAUAUGACGUUGAGAUGAUCUCAUACUUUAUUUUAUUUUCUUUAAUCAAA